AUGAAUGUCACCAAGAAAUUCGAUCGCUUGAAGCAAUGGACCAACGAGAAGAUGGGCGCAGAGGCCCGCACUGGGCUCUCCGACGAGUUCAAGGCGCUCGAGGUAGAAAUGAACCUGCGUCAUGAGGGUAUGGACAAGAUGCAGGCCGCCAUGGCUGUCUAUGUCAAAUCGCUAUCCAAGCGCGCAGAGGGCGCCGACAAGGAGAAGCAGCUUCCAGGUGGCCAUUUGGGUUCGUCCAUGGUCACCCACGGCGAGGACUUCGAGCCCGACUCGGAAUUUGGCAAUUGCUUAUCUUCACUGGGACGUGCCAACGAACGUCUGGCGCGAGUGCAGGAGACGUAUGUCGCAAGUGCUACGUCAUCAUGGCUCGAGGGUCUUGAGCGCUCGUUGAUCCAAAUGAAAGAGUAUCAGUCCACCCGCAAGAAGCUCGAGACGCGUCGUCUGGCUUACGAUACCUCUCUAGCCAAGAUGCAGAAGACGAAGAAGGAAGACUUCCGCAUGGAGGAGGAACUACGCGCCCAAAAGGCCAAAUACGAGGAGACCAGCGAAGAGGUCUUCAGAAGGAUGCAGGACAUCAAGGAGUCAGAAGUCGACAUGGUCCAGGACCUGACCGCUUUCCUCGAGGCAGAGCUCAGUUACUACGACCGCUGUCGUGAGAUCCUCCUCAACGUCAAGCGGGAGUGGCCGGUUCGAGACACCAGGGCUAUUCCUAGCCGUCCCGCGCGCUCCCGAUCCAACACUGCACACGGCUAUGCAGAGCGCUUCAACCCGGUCGAAGAAGAACCCGAGCCCGAAGUCCCUCGUAUGACUAUUCCCAAGCUUACGUCCACGCGCAGCCGCUCCCCUGGCCCUGAGCAGUCGCCAGGUGGCUACUCUCUACGCCCCUCUCUUAGCCGAACCUCGACCUACGAUAACGCCAAUGGCUACCGAGACGACUCCCCUGCCCGCCGACUGUCCCGCGUCCCCACCGAUUCCUCUGUCAUAUCUUCCGGCCGUACCAACCUCCGCCCAGUCCGCCAGGCUAGUGCUAGCCAACAGAACACUUUUGCUGAUGACUACGAGGACGAUUAUGAGCGAUCUAACGGAAAUGGAUACAGGCGUGAUCGAUCGCCGCCCAGUCCCGAUACGUCGUCAUCUGUAGGCAGUGGACGCGGUGGCAACAUGUCGCGGGCAGCGAGCUGGACAGCGAGCGAGCAGGGACAGGGAAGCAAUGGCAAGAAGGCACCUCCGCCACCACCUCCAUCAAGGGCGAAGAAGCCGCCGCCACCUCCACCACCAAUGAAGCGAAGUGCGUUGAGUGAAUCUCAAGUAGCACGCUACUAG